AUGGAUGCAUUUACACGUGUCAUGAAUCUGGCCCUGGACGGCCCUUCUCGCUUAUUCUCCAUCCUGCCAACAUUUCCUGGAUAUAGUCCAGCUGUUGUCGCUGCUGGGUAUAUCUUCUUUCAUGUAUUUAAUUACAACGCGACCGCUCAAUUAGAAUAUCGAACGAAAAUAUUCACAAAGGCACUGGGGAAGAAUGCUGUCUAUGUAUACGCAGUUUAUCUCGUCACCAGCGGCAUGAUAAGGCAUCACUAUGUCAUGCGAGCUAUACACGCCGAUGCUGGAACAUUGGAAGUCCUCCCCGAACCAUACCGCACAAUAGUCGGCCUAUCACUCAUCAUAUUCGGAUCUGUAAUCAAUCUAUGGGCUAUUCAGACACUCGGAAUCAAGGGGAUUUACAAUGGAGACUCGUUUGGCUUCCUUUUUGACGCGCCAGUUACGAAUGGAAUUUAUAGGUAUAUAAGUGAUCCACAAUAUCUAGGUACUGGAGCCCUGUUUUUGGGGAAUGCUAUACAGCAGUCUUCAAAGGCUGGUUAUGGACUCGCAUCUCUGACAUACAUUGUGUAUACACUGUCCGUCCGAUAUAUAGAAGGACCCCACAUGCAGAGAAUGUAUGCAGCCAAGCACACCAGGUCUGCUAAAUCUGCUCGACCUGGAUUGAAAAAGAAGGCUAAAUAG